AUGUCGUUCCCGGAAUCCGAAAAAUACUCCCACUCCAAGCAGGCGAAACACAUUACCAUGAGCCCAAACGCCUCCAGCGACACAUUGUACCUGGAUUCCAAUGUUGCCCGAGAACAACGGAUGCAGUCCGCAGAUGAGAUGGAGGUGAAUAAUGCUGUUUUCGAUAAAGACAAUGGACAGGAAGGUGUUCUCGCGGGCGUGAAACACCAAUUCAACUCGAUGGCUCCUAGUGGCUCCAUGUCGGAGUUCGGGGAGUCCGUGACCUCGGCUGCCCAAGAGAGGUUUGUCGCUGCGAAGGAUACUAUAAUGGAGGGUGCGUUACCUGCUGCGCAGGGAGCAUUACAGACUGUUCAGGGUCAUAUUCGCACCAUUUCAGGUGGAGCCGAGGAGGUUGAGGAGCCGGUAUCUGAAAUUCUUUCCCAGGAGGAGCGCGAAUCUAUUGAUAAAAUGAGCAACGAACAGAUUUGCGACUUCCUACGAGAGAAACAUAUGAGCAACAAGCACCCACACCCAACGAAGUAG